CUGCCGAAGGGUCUUGGCGGGGGGUGGAGGGUGGCGUUUUGUUGUUUCAAGUGGGCUUUUGCCUUUUCGGUUUGCCACCGUUGGGUGACUUGCGUCAGCAGAGUUCGAGAAAAACGGGAGGCGAUUUCGGGAAGGAAGGCCGGCCCCGUGAACUAGCGUGACAGAGCCCGGCCGGCUCGGAGGCUCCUAGAGACCGGCACGUGAGAACUUCGCCCCGGGGCGGGACUUCGGGCUCCGGCCGCCGCGACAGGUGGAACCGGCGGAGGGUGGGUCCGCGCACGCGCACCGCGCCGCCGUCGCUGUUGCAUCGGCUGCACCAUGGAGUUACGGUCGGCUCAGCAUGCAGUUCUCCAGCUCCUGCGGACCGUGGCUCCCGCCGACCUGCCCGCGCUGCUCCAGUGGAUGCGAACCACCCGAGAUUUUGAUGAGCUCACUGAAGAGAAUAAUGAUGUCAUAUUGAAAAGCAUCGCAGAAGACCUUCGUAGCUGCUUGCCUCUAGAAACCAUGCUCUCCUCAGAACAUCUGGCCAUUCGAAAAUUGCAGGAGCAGCCAGAACCUACAGUUCACGUUGAUGCAUUUCUUUAUGAUGAAGAUUUUAUUGAUUCAUUAUGUGAAAAAGGAAAAAUGAGCAGAAACUACUGUACAGUAUGUGGCUCACACCAGACAGCACCUUUAGGAUUUAUUUCUCACUCCUUCUCCCUCAUGGAAUUGAAGUUCAUUUAUCAUCAUGUACUCCCUGAUCUGUCCGGAAAGAUUUUGGUGGAUGUCGGCUCCAGGCUUGGCACAGUUCUUUAUGGGGGUUAUCUGUACAGUUCAGCAGCACAACUCUGUGGAGUGGAACUGAAUGGAGAUUUUUGCCAGUUGCAGGAAAUGGUCAUACAGAAAUACCAGUUCAGUGACAGAAUAAAGGUGCUUCACGCAGACAUCUGUACCCAGGGUUCACUUCUGCAAAAUGCCGAUGUCAUUAUAAUGAAUAAUGUCUUCGAAUACUUUCUUAAUGAGGCAGAACAGGCCAGAGCCUGGGAAUGCAUCAGCCAUAACGUAAGGAAGCGAGGAUCCUUAUUAGUGACGGUGCCGAGUCUUGAGGAGUCUCUCUCAGGUCUGCAGACUAAUGUACAGUUAUCCUCCUGGGUUGAAGAGAUACCACUGAACUAUGAUGUAUACCCACAAAUGGAUAUUGACAGAGAAGCUCUUGAGCAAAUUCACUUAUAUAAGAUUUUAUAGCACUAAAAUAGUCCUACCUCAGUAUAAGGUGUCAUUGAGUAUGUUACAGAACAAUGAGAAAGAAACGUACACCAGUAUUCUAAUACAUCUCUUCCAGUGUGAUUACAUAUUUGUAAAUAGUUGUAUGUGUAUAUAAAAUUGUGUAUAUGUGUGUAUAUACAGGUACACAUGCAACUGUUUUGUGUUAUAUAAUUAAAAUAUUCAUCUGAA